AUGGCUGUCGGCCAUCAUCAUCAUCAUCAUCCCGGGGAUGAUUUACACCAAAGCUUCAUGAUGCAACCAAAAAUGCUUGUUUGUGUGCGAUGGAAUCGGAUGGGGUUCGUCCUGGCAGUGUUGGUCGUGCUGCUCAGUGAAAGUGUAAUUCAGUGCGCAACUCCAAAGGCUCUUGCGGGCAACUCUCACGGUACCAACUGUCCGAACUGCGUGGAAGAAUCGUCUGCACCGCCUCGAUGGACUAUGCCGUUGUUGAAGCUCGGAGAAAAGCGUUACUAUCUUAGCAUUUUCUUCAAAGCUAACUGGUUCAAGGCACUGCAGUACUGUCGGUUCCACGGAAUGCAGCUCGCUAGCAUACAGACACAGGAAGAAAACGAUCGGUUGGAGAAAUAUGUGAAAGAUUAUGGUCUCGCUACGGAACAUUUCUGGACCUCUGGUACCGAUUUGGCCGAGGAAGGCAGCUUCUUCUGGGUGUCGAACGGGCGACCGCUUUCCUUCACGAAUUGGAACGCCGGUGAACCGAAUAACUUCCGCUACGAAAACGGCGAGGAGGAACACUGUCUCGAGCUGUGGAACCGUGAUGGCAAGGGUCUCAAGUGGAAUGACACACCCUGUAGCUUCGAAACGUACUUCAUCUGCGAGGUCUAAACGAUUGUCGGACUGAUUUUGAGUUGCCUUUCCGUCCACCAGCAUUUCCGUUUGUUCCACCUCGAAGUAAAUGGAAAUUACCAAUCCCGGUUCUUCGUUGAAUCCUUCUUAACUUCUCAUCAAAUCGGCACUGGAAGCAAUUAACAAUGCUUCUGUUUCCUGCUGUCAUGCUAUUUGUGUUCAAUGAAAGUGUGUCAUUACAAAUGCGAGUGUUCGGAGAUAAUAAUGUCGCCACACUCCAAGCUCCUCACCUCGAAGUCGCUCCACUCUAUUCUAUCGUGUAGUAUUUAUAUAGUUCAUAUAUACGAGACCGAUGCAACUAUCACGAUGGUCGUGUACGAUGGACUUGGAACAAAGUAUAGUGAAUUAAGUUAGCUAUUUCACCGGUUCUUCACUCUCGGUUUAAAUCAGGCGUUAUGCAGUUAAUGGACAACACUGGACGCGUUUUGCACGUGCACUGUUGUCAUCCGUGUUUUAUCCUCUUCCUCCGUCGACAUUCCAUAAAUAGUACAUCAUUUGUUUUUGCUUUAGGUUUUGUCCCUGUGCCCUUGUCCCUGUCACCCGGCAUCGUGCUCGUUUAUGUGUUUGUUUCGCUCUCAAUCACGUUUUUAAGUGUAUGUACAUAAGGUU